AGGGUCGGCGGAUAGCACAUCGUUGACGCCUACAGGCACCUUGUGACGUUCUUGUCAGCUGAGGGCAUGUCGUUCCGCAGCGCCGUGCACCGCUCCCAGUCUGCCAUGUCGGCCUUCGUGCCGCUAAUGCACAAGGUAUUCGGCUCCCGGAUGAAUCCGAGCCCGUAGAAGUUCGUGUUCCUGCGGAGCCUCGUCCAGUCGAGGCUCGUUUUCAACCUCCACAUGUGCUUGCUGCACCCGAUGGCGCUGAAGAAGCUGAGCGGCGUGUACAUGAGGUUUCUCAGGAGAACCGCCGACGACCCGCGUUAUUCCAAGGACGUCGAGAUGAGCAGCCUCGAGGUGAGGAGGGCCCUGAACAUGCCGUCGCUGGACUGCGUGCUCCAGAUAGCCCGGCUGAUCCGCAAACGGCCCAAGGCGGUGUUGGGCCUUUUGUUUGCGGGGGCCGACGAUCCCGAGCUGCCCUGGCUUGCGCUGGUGCGAGCCGACACCGAUCACGUCCGUGCCCUUGGACUGCUGCCCGGCUCCCUUCAUUUGUACAGUGGUAAGGAGAAGUGGCCCGAUCUUCUACAGUCACCUACCAAAUGGAGCAAUGUGCUGGGCCACUUCUUUUUCGUUGAGUCCGCCCUCGUCCGCCAGGCGCAUGAGAUGCCUGGCGUCCCGUCUGUUGGGCGAGGUCUUGAUAUCAAGUGCGCAGCUUGCCACGCUUGUUUCCCUUCCGAGCGUGCCCUGGCGAGACAGUGUAGGUCCAAACGCGGCCACAGACUCGCCAUCAAGUCGUACAUUGACGGCUCGGGCACUUGCCCAUGCUGCGGCACCCAUUAUCGGUCGCGGCUUGGGUGCGUAGCGUACCUCUCCGACCGCCGCCGCCCGCGAUGCGCCGAAUGGGCGUUCGCUAAUUACGCGCCGCUCGAACCGUCCACGUUCGAAAACCUUGCAGAGAAGGCCAGGUAGAUGCUGCGAGAGGGUUGGGGGCAAGGCCGCACGCAUGCCAUUGCCCGUGGCCUGGCCCUGAC